AUGAGUGGUGUCAGUGACAUUAAACCUGACAAAACACUCAAUGACGUGUGUUCUGGAAAUUCUGAGCAGUAUGAAGUCGUGGGACCUGCAGAUACAGUAUUUGCUUUACCUGGUGAAGAUGUGAUUCUGCCCUGUUCAGUUAAGCCCAGCAUCAGUGUUGUGGACAUGAGAGUGGAGUGGUUUAGAUCUGAUCUGAAAGACUCAGUAGUGCAUCUCUAUGAAGAUCAUGAUGACAGAAAUGCAGAGCAGACUGAGUCCUACAGAGGGAGAACAAAACUAAAUCAUGAAGAACUACAGAGAGGAGAUGCAUCACUCAAACUCUCAUCUUUCCAAAUCUCUGAUGAAGGACGUUAUAAGUGUUUUAUUCAGUCCAAAUCCUGGUAUGAUGAUGCUACUGUUGAUGUCAGUGUUGAAGCUGUUGGACGUCCUCCAGUGAUCACUGUAGAUGGAUUUGAUGAUACAGGAGGGCUUCAUCUACAAUGUGAAUCUGAAGGUUGGAACCCUGAACCUGUUCUUGAGUGGCUAAACAGUGAAGGAGUCAGCUUGAGUUCAGAAACUGCAGAGACAAGCAGAAACACAGAUGGAUUCAGAGUCAAACACUCUAUCACUGUACAUCACAGUGUCGGCAAGAUUCACUGUAGAGUUAAACUGAGACAUCACAUUCUGGAGACACUGAUUAUCGCCUCAAAUAAAAGGUUUAAUCCUUGGACGACAUCAAUAUUCUUGAUUUCAGCUGUUGUUUUACUCAUUGUGAAUGCUGGAAUGCUGAUAGCUGGUGUCUUCACGAAAGUCAGAGAGGCCACCCUUGCCCCUCUAAAGAAAGUGGGCAUGGGCAUCCUCAACUACAUUGACAACUGGCUGAUUGUACCUCAGUCAUGGGAACUGCAUGGAUGCAAUAGCUCACAGCUGGCCCCAGCAACUGUACAAGUAUACCUCAUUGCACAGACACUGUGCAAGAUUGGAGAGGAAGAAGAACAAAUCCUAAAGUUUGUGCCCUGCUGGCCCAACUGGACUUGGUUCCCAGAGCUCAUGCUGAUAGCAUCAACCCCUCCCUGA